AUGUACAUCAAAGCGGUUCUGCUCAUUGUGGUCUCAUUCUGCCUUCUUAGCACAGUCUCAUCAGCUAUGUACCUCAAGCGAGCAGACUUCGACGAUCCAAGAAUGUUCACAUCGUCGUUUGGCAAAAGGUCAGGUGAUGUUGCCGAGUUAGAGCCAGAAGUGAUCCCAGAGCCAAGGUACCGUGCUAUCAGAAUUCAACGACGAAACUUUGAUGAGAUGGAUGACCCAAGAUUGAUGUCAAUGUCCUUCGGAAAACGUAUGAUCCUCCCAUCCCUCGCUGAUUUGCACAGGUACACAAUGUACGACAAACGUGGAUCUGAUAUUGACGACCCUCGAUUUUUCUCUGGAGCAUUUGGAAGAAAAUAA